AUGAAUCUAGAGGCAAUAUUAAAUCAGGCUGGCGAAUGGACAUUUGCUGGGGAUUGUCAAUUAUUGCAAUGGAUGAAAACAAUAUCACAGAAUCUGGAAUCAAGAGCCGCAAGUACAGCCCAGAAGUUCGAUCGCCUAAAUAAUAAUAUAAAAUGUACUCACAUUGCUCUGGAUAAUGUAACCAACAGUUUGACGGCACUUCAAUACGGUAAUCAGUUUGUGGAAUGCCGCGUUGAGGACGACGAUGAAACAGUUUCACCUGUCGGAAACGAACAGACACCCAUCAAUGGGGUUGAUAAAUCGAAUAAGCCAACAGCAAAGGAAGCCUUUGCCGCCUUUUUGGAUAAUAAUCUAAAGUUAUUACGUAUUUAUGAAAAGUAUUCCAUUGACGUAUACGAUUCAGAUGAUGAUGACAAUGUGGACGAGAGAAAACGCCAAAAGACGUGCAUUUUCCAACCCGUUAACCCAUACAAUGAAAGACCAUUGCCACACAUCUUUGGUUCCAAAGACUGGCAUAUGACAUCACACGUUGGCCUUCAAUAUGAACAGCGAGAAAAUUCUUAUUCUGGCGAUGAGGCUUCGGACGCAUUUUCCGAAUCCUCAUUGUCUGCGGCCGCCGACAACGAUGAUUCUUACGAGACUAAUUCAGAAUGCGCUUCAAGUUUUUCGGUAAGCAACAAUACAUUUGGUGGCAAUUUUGAAGUCCACAACGCCACAUCAACGUUGUUGCCGCCCCAGAAAGCUUCAAAUUCCCAGUCAUUUAGUGAAACAAGUUCUGCAAAUUCGUCAAAUCCCAAGAUAUUAAAUAUCCAUACUCCUAUUGACAAUUAUGUUAAACGAUCGAAAAGUAGCAGUUCCACGACUUCUAAAACUCCGAGUUUACCUGAGCCUGCUGUAACAAAAGCCACACCAUUACCAAAAUCUCGAACUUUGCAAUCAAACAUACCCCCGUAUACGGAUUUGUUUUCCGAUCCUCCUGAGGAUGUGCAGUCGACUCCAUCAUCGAGUGUUUCGCGAAAAACUAUUAAUCUUUUCAACGAUGACGAUGAUGAGGUUUACAAACAUUUGAGCAUUGCCGGAAGUAAACGCAAGGAGGCAAAUACGGCUGAAGAAUCCAAAUCCAGUUAUACUGAAAACAGGCCAAUAGAGGAAAUACAAAGUGUUGCUAAGCCUAAAACAAAAGAAAUAUCUAAACCAAUAUUUGUUGAUGAACUUCAAGAUAAACUCUUCAACAAAACAGCAGAUACUCCCCGAAGCACUGCAUCGGCUGGUAAGAAGGAAGAGGAUAAUAUUCCUCCGGUUGCUCUACCAAAAAUUCGCACAAAUCUUUUUGAUGAUGAGGAUGAUGAUGGUGAUUUUCUAAGUGCUUUUGUGAAAAGGCAAAAACCACCAACAACCGAUACUGUACCCUCUUUAGCUAACAAAAGUGUAGUGAAACCCACAACGCCUACUAUUGCAACUCGCAAUAUAAACUUAUUUGAAGAGAAUAAUGAUGAUGGCGAUAAUAAUGCCAAUUUAAUAACGGAGAAGAAUAUAAUUUCAACACCUAAACACUCAAAUGUAGCGCAGCAGCCGGUUCCUAAGUCGAGUCUGUUCAGUAGUUUAAAAACCACAAAUCUUUUCGAUGAUGACGAAGAUGAGGAUGAAGAAAAUCUUUUUAAAGUCAAACCAAAAUUAUUUUCAGCAGGUCUGGAUAAAAACGAAGAAAAAUCUAAAAUCGAAAGCGGCGAAAGUCACUCACAGCAAAGAGAUACGAUUAAAACAAAUAUUUCGGUAUUAGAGGCAAAAGAAAUCGACUUAUUUAAAGAUGAUGAAGAAGCAAAAGCCGAAGAUGCGAGAGAAAAUGACGACUAUUUCGACAAAAUGUUUCCAUUGCCUACAAAACCCAACAUUAUACAUGAGAUUCACCAGAAAUCUGUAGAGUUUAUAAAAACAGUCCAGAAAGAACAACAGAAUUCAGAAAAAGAUCAUAUAAACAUUUCAACGGAUAGACGCAUUAAUUUGUUUGAUAAUGUUCUAAAUACAGACAUGGAAGGAGAAGAUGUUGAAAAAAUAAUUCCCCCUUUGCCAAGAAAACCCAGUAAAAAUCCAGAAGAAAUAAAUAAUUCGAAUGUUAAAAGUAUGGCUGGUAAAUUGGAAAUCAACAAUAUAUUCGAUGACACUGUGACUUUAAACGAAACACCUGUAGAUCAGAGUGUAGUUUCUGAAAGUAAGAAAGCUAUUUUUGAGGAUAAUCAUGUUAUACCUUCUGCGAUGCCAAGAAAGUCCAGCAGUGUAGUUGAUAAAAAUACGCCUUUAACAGCUAAUGUUGAAAGUGUUAAUUCUCAAGCAAUGUCUGGUAAUGCUAUUGAAGACAAAAAUAUUUCAAAUGAUUCUCUGAAAAAACAAGAAUUUGAUGUCGGUGGAAGCAUUAAAAACGAUUAUAUUUUCCCCCAUCCAAGAAAGAUUACAAACUUGUUCGAUGGGGAUGAUGAAUCGGACACUGAGGUCACAAACGCAGUGAAUAAAAGUGUGUCUUCAAAUGCCAGUACCGAAAAUAUAGCUCAACGAGUGAUGCAACCUUCAUCUGCUGAAGAUAACGAUACAGCGGCGAACAAUGAUCACCAUUUGCAUUCAAAUAAUUACACUUCAGAUUUAGGAAAGACAACUGAUAUCCCAAAUGUUAAUGCCCAAACUAGCAUUGUGCCUGACACUACGAUGGACAAUGAUUCUCCUACUACAGACACUACUCCUCAAUUGGAAUCCAAUACAAGUACAUCUAAGACCAGUGAAUCACAUGAUGUCACAUCUUCCAAUAAGAAGACAUACAAUUUUGAUUCUAGUCUUCUUUUUGAUGAGCCUCCAGAUGAUAAUGAUUUCUUUGAGUCUCUUGGAAAAUCCUCUCAAACCCCCACUAUGAAAUUUAGUGGCUUUGACUUAGAGCACGAUUUAUAUUCCGAACCAGAAUUACCUAAAACUUCAACAACACCAGCCGAAAAGUUAUCGGAAUAUAAAGGAUUGCAGUUAUUUAGUGAUAUUCCGCCGGAAGAUAAUGAUUUUGAAAAUAUGACUGAACCAAACACCAAAGAAGCUGAGGGCACAAAACAACUUAGCAGUGUAUUUUAUGAUGAUUUUAGUGAAACUAUAGAGGCCAUAGAAAGGAGUGAAAAUAAAAAGGCAACAGUUACAUAUCCAGUAUUUGAUAAUGAACCACCCGCUGUCGAAAAGGAGAGUAGUGGCGAAGAAACGAUUGUUAGUCAAAGAAACAAAGACAAUGUGUCUGAGAUUACAGAAAAAGAUAUUAAUGUUGAACAAAUCCAAGGUGAAAAUUUGAUUAGAAGACCGUCGCCUAAUAAACAUCCCAUCGUUGAAGAUAAAACUGAAGUUGUAUCUAAAAAUCGAACUGAUAAUACUGUGAAGGAUGAAAAGCUUGAAAAGAAGAAGAUAGAGGAGAAUGUGUCCCAUACAUGUGCAUUUAAUAAACGGCCCAUUUCAAAACUGCAAAUGCCCAAUUUAAAUAUAAAUGUACAGGCCUUGUUGCCUGGAAGUGUAGGUAAACCGAAUACACAGAAAGAUAUUCAAAGACCAAGUGAAACUAUUUUACCACCUUCGAUGCCGAUUCCAACACAACCAAAACACAAUGUUGACGAAAGAAAAGUUCGAACUGACGUCGCUACACACAUUCAACAAGAUCACAUUUUGCCGAAUGUAAACAAAAAUCGUGUAAGGGCACCACUUAAUCGAAGACCCUCGACCCGAAAGGCAAGGCAAGAAAAUAUUCGGAAAUCUUUGUUGGAGGAACAGAUGUUUGAUAGCCAUACUGAAGCAACUAUUCAGCAUGGAAAAGAUGCAACAAAUAUGUCGAAUGUAAUUUCUUCUACGACUAAGGAAAACAUCGGCAUUUUCCCUAACAAUGAAGAUGUGUUCAAAAGUGACAAUGACAGUCUGGAAAAAGUCAAAGAAGUGACGAAAAGUGUACAAAAAGCAAACGUGCCUAGUUUACUAGAGGAAGAUGUCAACAACUAUCCUUCUACUACUCGCACACAGACGGAAGACCUCCCAGCAAAUGAAAAGGAUGAUCUUGAAAAUGUUAAAGAACAAGUGGCAAAAAGUGUGAAAAAAAUUUCUGUGCCUAGUUUUCUGGACGAUGAUGACCAUGAAACAGACGAUAAUGAAUUAUUCAAAAGUAUUCUAAAUAAAAAACUUAUCAGUAAGACAGAUAGCAAUUCGAGUUCAUCUGCUAUGAAGUUAGAAAGCUCAACAGAUACCACAAAAGAUAUGAGAUCAUCAACCACCAAACCUGCAAUAACUAUGGAUGCAAAUACAGAGAUAAAACCAUUAGAUAUGUCAGUAAAUUCUGACUCCAAUCCUAAGUCUCCAUUGCCCCCAUUAGUUAGUCAUGUAGGCAAUCUGAAUCCUCUAGCAACAACCGUCACAUCUGAUGCAUCAAAGCCAAAUUCUAACGAAGUGUCUUCGAAAUCAGCCACGCUCAACAAAGAUGUAAAACACAGUUCUACUAAACCCCUCUUCUCAGACUCCGAAUCUGAAAGUGAAAAUGAUUUCUUUGUCAAGAUAGGUUCAACAAAACAAGUAAAUAUAACGAGUCAUACCACAGAAAGUAUCACUGAGGCAACUGAAAAAAUUCGUCCAAUCGAUGGAAAGAGCGGAACAAAUAAACAUACGUCCAUCUUCAGUGAUGACAGUGACGACGAUGAAGAUUUCUUGAAGUCGAGCUCUAAACUCCAGUUAUCAAAAAGUAAAACCAAAUCAACAACAGCAACACAUUCCAGUAGUAUUUUUAGCGACAUAGAUAGUGAUGAUGAUGAUAAUGAUCUAUUCAAGAGUACACCCAAAGCAACGAUAAAUCCCAGUGCAACUACGCGUGCAAUCACGUCUCCUGCUUCUUCGGAUACAAAACAAACCAUGAAAACCCCCAUUGCCGAUAAUCCCUUGGCAGAUCUUUUAUAA